GAGAGACAGUUUAUCACUGAUGGCACAGACAAUAGCGGGUACACGGAGGCUACCAUCAGCAGCAAGCAGGGACAGGCUACUCUGUGGAUUACAAGCUGAUUUCAACCUUAAAACCUUAUCUACGACCCAAAUUAGUGGCUUUGUGUGUUGAAAACAGACUGACUCCAUGUGGUGUAGAUACGGCCGUGUAAGGAAAAACUACACGGCGGGGACAUUGUCUCUGCCUGCACCCUCUACUCGAGAUAAAACAAAAAGACAGCCUUGAAAGAACCUUUUCUUCGGUGUAUUUCAAAUCAUGGAUUCAUCUCCAACCAUUGUGUUCGUCACAUCAGAGAAAUCAUCGUCGGGGGACGGCUUAGAUAACCCUGGCUAUGGUGAUAGCAAUGAUUUUCCACCACCUCCCUGCGACAGUGGUUCUGAAGUAAAUGACAGCGACAACUGGUCCGUGGCAAAACUAGUAGAUGAGAAGUUCAUUGACGAUGCCUCCACCGCGACUGACUACGCCAUGGAUGGUGCAUCCGGCGGGUCUGAAGAGAUCAACUCCAGAUUCCGCGACUUUGAAGACUUUGAAGGCGGAGGGGCCAUCGGCGAUUGGGAUGUGUUCGAAGAAAAUCCAUGGGAAAAUUUCGCUCACGCGGACCGGGAUUUCUGGUCACGUGUACACGCCAUCAGCCGAGUCGUCUUUUGCAUCUUUCUUCUCUUGUUCACCAUCUUCACAUCCUCAAUCAGCGUCCUCAGUGUUCUCAUCAUUGCCUUCAACAUUAAUGCGACCAGCAAAGCGUUUGCCUUGCCCAGUGGUCAGGUGCUAAGACCCCCCGGUGAGCACGUCGACGUGCGUUGGGUGUGGGCCGCCAUUUUAGUGAUGACAGCGCCCUAUAUCUUCACUUUCUGCAAAUGCAUGAUGAGGCUCAGUCUUAAAAGAACAAGGUCGUUGACAUGGAGACCACUGCUGCUGGCAAUGAUCAUAGAGACGAUUCACAGCGUGGGACUAAAUGUGUUCAUGUUUAUGGUAGCACCUAGUUACGAUCCUCUGACAGUGCUGAUGUUCAGCUUGGCUCCUUCUCUCGUCCCGGCUGCACUUCGCAUUUAUCGACCGCGGAAGGUGGAAGAACAAGGACAGGAACAGGAAAAACUUGGAUUUAGCAUCAUAAAUGCUCUGGAAUUCGUGCUUUCGCUCGGGUAUGUUAUGAUUCUGGGUAUCAAGAUAUACGCGAGCAGUGAAACGAUGAACGUUCGAAUAGCCGGCCCAGUGUCCUUGACCUUAGUCUCCGUCAUCUGGUGGGACAACUUCGUUCCGGUCUUGGAAUCCUGGAAGACUGCACGGCGAUAUGAAAUCCGCCACAUGCGCAAGUUGAAGAUUAAAGAAGGUUUCAUGGCCGGAAGCGUCCUCUUCCGCGCCAAAUACUCCAUCAAAGACCGGCGCACGAAAAUAGACGCCAUCUGUUCCGUGUGGAAAAUCCUCCUCAACCUCUUGAUUCCUUUGAUCCUGCUGUCGGCCAGCGGAGGAAACAGCUGCGUGUCCACUUUUUUCCUUGUCACCGACAAAACCGACAGCGGCUGCGUGUUGUGGACAGGAGGUCUGGGCCUCGCGAACGGUCGACCUCACGACUGGUGCAAAGCUUUCUUGCCGUUCGCGGUCGCUGGAGUCUGCAUCCUCACCAGCUUCGCCGCCUACAAAGCAGCACAGGUGUCGUGCAAAAUCAAUGCCCAGCAGCCUUGUUUCUCCCUUCCACUGCUUCUGACAGUGCCCGUCACAUUUGUCAUCUCACUGGCGAUGUACCGGAAGCAUUUCUCCCUCCUUGGUUGUUCCGUUCUCUGGCCAACCCUUGGUCCCAACAACACAUUGCUGGACCUGCUGAAAGAGUACUCCAGGGAGUACUGGCUGCCCAUCAUCUUUGGGGGCAUUCUUCAGAUGGCCUUGACCUGCUCUCACGUCUGGACUCCUUCUGCAGAAAGAGUGGCAUCCACAGACAAAUUGUUCGUUCGUCCCAUGUUUUGCGGGAUCCUCUUUGUCCAGUCCAUGCUGUUCAGUCGGGCUGUCGACGAUCAUGAAACACCCAGUGCAACGAAAACCAAGAAAGCCAACACGGAGAACGACAACUGGACCACGCGCUUGCAGUCGAUGACAGCCGACACAGACAAGGAGGAGGAAAUCGAAGAGCAGAUGAAGCAUGCACGCUUUCCGCGUAUCUACGCAUGCGCGACGAUGUGGCACGAGACUGCCCGAGAAAUGACGCAGCUUCUGAAAUCGCUCUUCCGAAUGGAUUGUGAUCAGUUCGCAAGAUCUUGCAUGUGGAAGCGUUUUAAUAUUGUUGACAAGGACUUUUACCAUUACGAAGCUCAUAUUUUCUUUGACGAUGCUUUUAAGAAGAUCAACCCUGAUGCCACUUCGGAUAACUAUACUGACUCGGAUUUUGUCGUCAAUGACUAUGUGAAGCAAUUCACCAGUGUCGUGGAUGAGGCUUCACAAUCUGUCUACCCCCCAAGAGUGUCGGUCUCACCUCCAACCAAGAUCAUUACGCCGUACGGAGGACGUCUGACAUAUGACCUUCCUGGAGGGAACCCAAUGGUUGUCCAUCUGAAAAACAAAUAUCUUAUCCGCCACAAGAAACGCUGGAGCCAGGUGAUGUACAUGUAUUACCUGCUGUCGUACCGACUGUUGCUGGGAGAAGGUUCAAAGUCCUCAAAGAAAAGACUGGCAGACAACACAUUCCUUCUCGCCCUAGACGGCGACGUCGACUUCUACCCGGAUGCCGUGCAGCUGCUAGUGGACCGCAUGAAGAGAAGCAGCCACGUGGGCGCCGCGUGCGGCAGAAUCCACCCUAUCGGAUCAGGUUUGAUGGUCUGGUAUCAGAAGUUUGAGUACGCCGUCAGUCAUUGGCUGCAGAAGGCCACAGAGCACGUCUUCGGCUGUGUCCUGUGCAGUCCCGGAUGUUUCUCCCUCUUCCGGGGAUCAGCACUCAUGGAAGACAAUGUCAUCAAGAGAUACGCUAAGAAGGCCACAAAUGCCAGACACGCCGUACAGUAUGAUAUGGGGGAAGACCGUUGGCUGUGCACCCUGCUCCUGCAGCAGGGCAAGCGAGUGGAAUACGCUGCGGCAGCAGAUGCCCUGACCUUCUGUCCUGACGACUUCGGCGAGUUCUUCACCCAGCGUCGUCGCUGGACGCCGUCCACAAUGGCCAACAUCUUGAACCUGCUGUCCGACUGGCGCCACAUCACGAAGGUCAACAGCAGCAUCUCCUUCCCUUUCAUCGUGUAUCAGACAUUUCUCUUCGUCUCUUCGAUUCUCACGCCGGGGACCAUCUUCCUCCUCAUCUUCGGGGCCAUCAACACAGCCUACCCGGAGCUGCCACUCUACGUCGCCAUGCUGCUGAACUUCGCUCCUGUUCUCGUCUUUAUCAUCUUGUGCUUCGUCGCCCGAAGCGAAAUCCAGAUCGCUUACGCCACGAUUCUGUCCACCGUGUACUCGCUAGUGAUGAUGAUCGUGCUGGUGGGUCUCCUCCGCCAGAUACAGGAGAGUGGCCUGUGUUCUGUCACCGCCAUCUUCUUCCUCGGCAUCGCUGUCGUCUUCGCCACUACAGCUAUUCUGCAUCCUCAGGAAAUGGGAAACAUACUCUUCGGUUUACUCUACUUCCUGGCCAUUCCCUGUACCUCCAUGAUUCUUGUCUUCUACGCAGUGGCCAAUCUGAACGUCGUCUCGUGGGGGACACGUGACUCCACCACGCCCACCGCGAGAGGUGGCGAGAAGAAAAGCCUGAGCGAGAGGCUGGGUCUGGGGCGCAUCAGACGCGUCAUCAGUGGGAAGGGGGAACCCGAGGUGGAGAAGAAAGUUACUUCUGACUAUACUUUCUCCUUCGGAAACCUGUUCAGGUGCAUCUGUUGCCCGAUCGAGAAAACAGACGACACAGCAGUGAGAUUCAGAGACAUUGAGAACGCUCUGUAUGACCUGCGGCGCGCUAUCCUGGACCAGAAAGGACAUCCAAGUGAGGACGUCGAGCGGCAGGAACUUUCUUUGGACAAAGAACCAGGCCCUUCUGUCAGCUUCAAAGUCGAACCUGCACCCAUUCCAGCAAUAGAAAAAGAUGCGGACAACACUCCUGGUCACCCAGCCACUGAUCCUUGGCCUGAAAGCUGGUGGCAGGAAGAAGCCCUGGGUAUGGGCCUGGUGGAAGGCCUGCCUCCAAAGGAAUCCACUUUCUGGUCGCAGCUCAUUGAGAGGUACCUGAAGCCUCUAGAAAUAAGUCAGGAGGAGCAGGAGCAGAUGGCCAAGGAUCUGACGAUGUUGCGCAAUAAGGCAGCCAUGUUGUUCUUCCUCGGCAACGCUCUCUUCGUCACCAUCAUCUUCAUCCUGGAGUCUGUGUCAGAGUAUUCACCAGGCUUGACAAUCCAGCUGCCGUGUGACCAAGGUCACGUUGGACAGAAGAUUGAACCUAUCUCAGUCGUCUUCACGGUUGUCUUCGGAAUCCUGCUCAUCUUUCAGUUCUUCGCCAUGCUCAUCCACCGACUCUCCACCCUGGUUCACAUCAUCGCCUCCACCACGCUGCAGAAGAAGAAUACUGGGAACGAGGCUGAGAACUUCAAUCAGUUUGGCUUCUUCGACUUGACCUAUGACAUCCUGCGCAAUCCUUUUCCUGAGGAAAUCAGACCAGGGACAGACGCGAGUAGCUCAACUCCCGACAGCGGAGUUCAGUCGAAUGACGACACUGCUACAGAAGCAUCUCACGAUCACAUCAAGCAACUCAUAAGGAGGCAGACGACUCGUGGACGCAGCUUAAAGGGGCGAAAUCUCCAAGAAGUCUUUGAGGAGGGGGUCAAAACUCUAAUAUUGGGGAAUAUUGGCGAAAGUUCGGACGACCCAGAACGUGAAGGAAAAGAAGACAAACCUGAAGCAGAAGAUGAUAAGGAUACUAGCCAACAGGUUGAACGUGUAAAGCCCUGGAUAAGAAGCAAGUCGAUCAAGGCACUAAAUGCCAUUUCAAGGAACAAAUCGAUGUUGGAGACCGUGCAACGACGAACGAAUGAGGCGGCGCGAAAAAAUUGGGAACGAGCGAGACGUUCCUUCAUCUCUGAAAGAGCAGGUUCCAUGCCAAGGCGGCAAAGGCCGAACUUCGCCAAUGUAGUCAAACAGGCUAUAGAGCACGAGCGGAAAGGCGGAUCGACGGAAGGAGAGACGAGUCCAGUAAAAAAGGAAAGGACAAAAAAGAGCGUGCGGAUUAAGACUUCAGACGAGCCGGAGCAGAAGCGGUCAGAACAGACGGAUUCAGAAGAAAAGCCUGCAGAACCUCAGGCGUCACCGGCAACUGCGGCAUCACCAGUGGCUACAGCUAGAGUCAAAAGGAUGGAUCACACGAGCAAAGUCAAACCUUUCGCAGACAAAUGGAAGGAUGGUCCCACCCCGAUUGCCAGCAGAGGCAAGGUCAAGAAAGCCCGCGCGCCCCCUGUACCUCCAGCCUCAGCCGCCGGAAGGCAAAGACGGGAGGGAGCAGGGGCUGAUCGACCCCAGCCUCUUUCGAGCCCCUCAGAGAUCGUGGUGCACGUUGCUGACGAACAUGCGACAGAGAUCACAGAGUUAUAGUUAGUGCUGGUGGCUCCAUCAAGGCUGAGAUUUAAAAUACUUUCUCAAUUGCCUGAAAAUCAGUCAAACUUGCAAAAAGAAGGAUUAUUUGUAGCUUGCACGUAUGUUGUCAGUAUGUCGACUGUUUCAUUCGUGUUUUCUUUGACAUUUGUCUGCCCGCUCACCUGUCGCCGCAAGUUUUUAAUUACUUUUCUUGUAUUUUAAUAAUCAUUUCCUUACAUCGGUCUAUCUAACGUUUCCUCAUUCCUUCCACUUCCAUCUCUCUUCCUCCCCUCAUGCCCUCCCCUACCCCCGUUGAUCCCUCAACCUUAGCCGGUAUGUUGUUCUGUACCUCGUUCGUAGAAAACGUUUUUGAAGAGGUCCUUCAGCUCUGUUUGAGGCUAAGCGCAACAGCAACAUACACGUGCACAACAGGCAGGACUGCGGGUGUGUCCGUGAAUCAAAGGAACACUUUCUUUCGAUAUUAAUGUUUGCUUACCACCCUGGGUAGAAGCGUUUCGUUUGAUUUCAAUCAAAAACUUAUACCGGCUACUGCCAACGGAAGAUUCCAGAACGUGGGCCUUGCUUUUGUGAACAAAACACACUGUGAUUGUUACCGUGCACAUGACUCUGACUCACUCUUAGUUGUCUCCCGCUGCUGCCUUACGUGAGAGACCAGGGCGGACAACCCACGUCGAUUUACCGCCCUUACUUCCGAUCAUUUGAGAUCAUUGCUAUUUAUGAUUGUGUGCCAUUGAUGAUUACGAUUCAAAUUUACUGAUAAUUAUUAUUAUUUAAAUUAUUUAUUAGAAUUUAAACCCAUUGUUGCAGAGCCAGACUGAUGUCCCUUGUCGCCUCACGUGCCAGAUUGAUUAUAAUUAUAUAUAUUCAUUUUUAUUCAUAUCACAGUUUCUUUUAAGCCUAUUAUUUUGUUAUUUAGACACAAGAGUGCUGGUAACAAAGUCUUGUCUAUAUUGCUGAUAAAUCACACUUUUGAGCAAACUUUUUCGCCUAUGCGAGUUCAUUUUCUGUCAUUAGGUUUCACUCUCUCUAUUUGUAUUAACACCGCCUUUGUCAUAUCAAUAUUAUCAUUGUUCUGUUUAAUACCACAAUAUUAAAGGAAACUAUAUAUUUCCCUCAGAAGUUUUAACACUUUGAUAAAGGAUUCCCCUUUUUUUCAAAUGUAGAGAGGCCAUAAAACUUUGUUUUAAAAAUGUUUAAAAGUUUAUUACCAUGCUACUGGCAAAAGAAUAUUCUCCUGUAUGGGCCUACUUCAAUUCUAUAAACCUCUUUUAAACUGAA